GUUUGAUGUGUUUUCAUCUGUAUAUUCUGAAUAUCUCGUCAUCAGAAGAGUAUUGAUUAAAAUCGAGCUUGCAGUUGCAUAUGCCAAUAUUCAAGGCAUCAAAGGAAUCACGAAAUAAGUCGCUCAAAGGUUUACUUUAUCGAAACUGAUAAGACAACUGCAAGAAAUUAUGAGGAGGUGGCAAGUUAUUUUGAUAUGCUGGUUGCUGAGUGUUCAUCCCAUGCACUCUGCUGUUGUCCCAAUCUCAGAGGAAAAAAAUGACAGCGAUAAUGAUUCUGAAACACCAGCAGGGGAUAACGCUGAAAAUAAGACUAGGGUUCAGGAGAAAGAUCUCAGUGAUGUAGAACACAAUCCAGAUGAUGAACACAACCCAGACUAUGAUCAUGAAGCAUUCCUUGGGAAGGAGGAAGCAAAAUCAUUUGAUGAACUCACACCAGAAGAGAGCAAAAUGAGACUUGGCAAAAUUGUAGAAAAGAUUGAUAAAGAUAAUGAUGGCCUCGUCACAGAAGAUGAACUGAAAGUCUGGAUCAAAUAUGUUCAAAAUCGCUACAUUCAAAAUGAUGCAGAUAAACAGUGGAAAGAGCUUCAAAGUGAACUUGCCGAUAAUAAGCUUGUCUGGGAAGCUUACAAAAAGAGAACUUAUGGCUUCUUAGAUGACCAAGACAUGAAUGCAGAAGAAGACAGUGAAUCUUACAAUUAUAAAGAUAUGAUCAAAAGAGAUGAGCGACGAUUUGAGAGGGCUGACAAAAAUGGUGAUGGAGCUUUAGACCAGGAGGAAUUUGCUGAUUUCUUGCACCCAGAAGAAGCACCACACAUGAGAGAUAUUGUUGUUGAGGAAACCAUAGAAGAUAUUGACAAAGAUAAAGAUGGAAAAAUUAGCUUAGCAGAAUAUAUAGGUGAUAUGUGGCCAAACAGGGAGGAUGAAGAAGAGCCAGAAUGGGUAAAAACAGAACGAGAACAGUUCACAAGCUUCCGUGAUAAGGAUAAGGAUGGUCAUAUGGACCAUGACGAAGUGAAAGAGUGGAUCAUUCCCCCAGAUUAUGACCACUCUGAGGCUGAGGCUAGACAUCUCAUCGCUGAAUCUGACGAAGAUGCGGAUGGUAAACUCACAAAGGAGGAAAUUUUAGACAAAUAUGAUGUCUUUGUCGGCAGUCAAGCUACAGACUUUGGGGAAGCCUUGACUCGUCACGAUGAAUUUUAACUUGGAAAGUGACACUAGAGUCUAAUUUACAGCCGUAGAUGCCAAAAGACAAAUAGAAACACACAACUGUUGAAAGAAAAAUUAACCUAAGUCAUGACAAAACAGUGGUUUUAAGAACACAAACAAUAUCAAUAGGACCUGAGUAUUAAGAGCAACUUUAAAUUAUAAAAUGAGGAUAUUAACCAGAGAGGUGCUAUACACGUAGAAUUAGUGAACAAAUCCUAGUGAAUGAAGGCCAUUUAAAGUUGAUUAUAUGUUCAACGUCCUGUUGUGGGCCAAAAUAUUCAGAGGGUGAAAGAAUCUUUAUAAUUUUUCUUAUUGGGAUUUGUAUUAUGUUAUACAAUACCAAAUGUAAUAGAUCAUAAAAAGAUGACUCAUAAAAUGAUACAAUCCUUGAUUUUGCAUAAACUUUUUCAUGAAAAGAAUCAGGAAAUUGAAAUACAUGUAAUUUUCAAUCCAGAAACCUCCGUCACUAUAAUAUGGUCGUAGAUCACAAUUUUCAAUCGUGAUUUGUAUUGGUGAUUCGUAUCUCUGAAAAUUCGACGUUAAACAUA